AAGGACUAAAUUGUGAAAAAAUAUUGUUUUGGGAUUAAUAGCCAAGAUGUCUAAACUUGAGGGACUUAAAGAGGGAAAAUUUGGAUAAGGAUGAGCUUCUUUUCUUUUUCUUUCUUUCUUUCUUCUUCAGCCCGAUUCUGGUCUUCUUUUCUUCCCCUGCACCGAGCAAAGAAAAAAAAGCCAAGCCGCCGGCACCAGCCUUGAGGAAAACCGAUGAGAAAGCUUGGUUUUGGCCUUCUUUUCUUGUUCAAGAACAAGAUUGGAGCUUUGAAACCUUCCCCCCCUGCAGAGAAUUCCGGAUCUGCUCUGCUCCUUCCUUCCUCACCGCCGGCUGCUCUUGAUUGUGGGUGAUUUCAGGGCAUUUUUUCGAUUGCGUGAAUUUCCCCCUGCACUUCCCGCCAGCUCUUCCCCAACUACAGCUCCAAUUUUGCUUGUUAAAUUCCGGUUCUUGAUCCUUGGGGUACUUUAGUACGUGAAUUGAGUGCUCGGUUUUAUGUGAUUUGAGGUAAGUAAAUUUAUGGUAAUGCCCAUACAGUUUUUAAAAGCAUGUUUUGAUUUGUUUUGAAGUGGUGGCGGGACUAAACCUGUUUUACACAAGUAUGAUCGAUUGAAAUGAAAUUUUUAUGCUUUUUAUUAAAUUGAGCAUGCCUACUUGAAAUUUAAUUGAUUGUCCCAAUGAUUUGAAAGUGAUUGGUGAAUUAUGAUUUUUCUGUUAACUUCAGCCUAUUUUGUCUCCGAUGUGAUCAUGUUAUUAAUGACUCUGCUAGUGGGGGUUAAACGCUAGCACAUGUCGACAUGUUAGUGAUAGAGCCGGUUUGUAUGAGUGACCCUGCUAGUGGGGAUUAUACACUAGCAAAUAGUGUGCCUGCCAGUGGAAGGUUUAUAACAUUGACCGUGACCUGUAGAGGAGACUUAUAAACACCCUUCAAGAGGAAAAGGAACUUUCCCUUUCUCUUCUCAGAAAUAAAAACAUGUUUUAAAACAAUUCUUGUGUUUUUAUCCCUCUUUACAUCCAUCAUAAAAUAUAAUGAGAAGAAUCCUUAAAGAAACUUAGGUAGCAGUGAAGUCACUUGUCUUGUCUGAAUACCCAUUGUAGUAUGAUUUUGGCGUUGAAGGUUGAACAAAGGAAGCAUUAGCUUGAUUGAAGGCUAGACUAAAGGAUUUUCAGGUAA